UGUGUACGACGUUAAUGCAUGUACCUACGCACAACAUUUAUACCUACAUAUUAUGUUUACCUAUAGAAAAUCAGCACUAUUCGAUUGGCAUAAUAUACUAAUUGUUAUGAAGCUCAAUGAACUCUUUAUUAUAUUCGGACGAGAGUGGACUCAAAAUAACGACACACUCGAAUAUCGUAUCAAUUUAUUUUCUUAUCUCGUACACAGUAAGUAUAUAUACACUUCCAUAAUAAUAAUUAUGCAUAAUAUUCUAUACAUUUUAUGAUAUAAAUUCAUCAUUACCGCUGCCACGACCGAACGACAACGGUUAAUGCGUUACCUCUGUGACGGAUAUAUAAUAAUAUUAUAUACCUACGUUAACACCGGCUACAUAACCUAACGUAACCGCACCAGCGGUAAUAAGCAGCCGACAGCCGCGUGUGACGAGCGAUGACGUUCGUAUGGCGCUUCGGCCGCCCGCGCUCGUCCGUAGAACCGGUGGUGCUGUUCUACUUAGUCGCGAUGGUGUUCUCCGGGUGCCUGAGCACCAACCUGUUGCUGUACAAGGCUUGCGACCCGACGGGCGCCAUAGCCGGUCGGGUGGGCACGAAGUGCGCGGACGAGGCGACCGCGCAGCACGUGGUGGCGCCCAUCAACGGCUGGAAGGCGCUCGUCACGCAGCUGGUGCCCAUCGCCCUGGCCAUGGUCGCGGGCACGUGGAGCGACCGGCACGGCCGCCGCCGGCCGCUGAUCGUGCUGCCCAUCGUCGGCCAGAUACUGGCGGACGCGCUGUCGCUGUACUGCACCGUCGUGUGGUCCGUGUCGCCGGCGCUGACGGCCACCGCGCAGGCGGCCGCGCUGUCGCUGACCGGCGGCCCGCCGAUGAUGUUCAACGGCGUCAACUCGUACGUGGCCGACACGACCGCAGACGAGCGGCGCACGGUCAAGUUCGGCAUGGUCGGCGGCACCAUCGCCGUGGGCGCCAUACUGGGAAUGUCCUUGUACGGGAUCGUCGUGGUCAACGUGGGCUUCGCGGUCGGGUACGGCGUGUCCAUCGGACUGGGGCUGGCCGCGCUCGCGCUCGCGUUCGUGUUCAUCGACGACGUUGGCGCCCGCGGGCGGCCGUCGUCCCGGGACGUCGGCUGGGCCGUCGACCCGUUGGACGUGUUCCGCAACUGUUACCGCGUGUUGGCCAAACGUCGUCCCGGCCACGACAAGUUGGUCCUGUGUCUGGCGUUGCUUGUGUGCGCGCCGUUCACGUGCUUGACAAUAGAAGGAGAAUUGCCAGUAUUAUACCUAUAUUUAAGGUAUAGAUUUCAAUGGAAUGAAGUAGAUUUCAGUAUUUUCAAUGCUUACCAGCUGUCCGUUAUAUCAAUGGGCACAUUGUUUGCAUUAGGUAUUUUAAGCUACAAGUUUCGAAUAAACGAUGCGUUAAUUGGUACGAUUGCUUCAGUAUUUGAUCUUUUAGCUGCAGUCGCUUUCUUUUUAGUUUCCCAAUCAUGGCAACUGUUCUUAGUACCGCCAUUAGAACUGUUUCGAGGUGCAGCUUUGGCAUUAACUAGUUCUAUAGCUUCAAAAUGCGUUGGAUCCGAUGAAAUGGGUGCUAUGAAUGCAGUUAAAGUAUUGAUUGAGAGUACGAUGAAAAGUGGAUUUAUACCAUUGUACAAUUUUAUAUACAAUCAUACAUUUGAAUCUAUGCCAAGUGCAUUUUAUAUAAUAAGUAUUGUCAUAUCAGCUCCACUUAUAUUCGUAUUUUAUUUGAUAUACUACUUAAACGGAAAUCAAAAUUUGAAUACUGUUGCCAUCAACGAAAAUGUUGUUCAUCAUGAAAAUGAAAAAAAAAUCAUCAAAGUCGCACAAAUCGAUGAACCUGAUGUGAUAAAUAAUCAUAUUUAGAUGGUUAAUACUUGACAAUGACAAUACGUUUGUAAGAUUUAUUAUGUAUAUAUUAUUAUUAAAUUCAUAAUAAAUAUGUUAUAUAAUUGUUGAUAUGUACACAACAAA